CAUAUUACAGCAGUUACUCCUCAGCCAUACCUCUCAAUUCCACAGACUUUACCAUCUCGAUCUGUCAUUUGCUACGAACCUUACCUUCACCACUACCUCAUCUUCCAAACGCAAGAUCGCCAUACAAAAUCAUUACUCAUGGCAUACAACAACCCAGAUGCUCCCUUCUUCAGGCCUCCGCCCGAGACAUUCGCCAUGUUCGCGGAUCUCGCCGAGGACGAGGACCAAGACGAGGAAGAAAUUAUACCUCGAAAUCGGCACGCGUCAAAUGUACCGCCACAAACGCCCUUGUUCUUCCAACAAGGACCAGCACUACCACUACCGCGAAUUACCCCCCGUGCGCAACACGGCCGAAGACCGCAGACCUUGAACGGCCAAAUCCUGCACCGACCGAGAAGAGAAGCGCCAUGGCACCAGGGAAUGUAUGAGACCGAUUAUAUCGACGAUGAGGCGGACCUCGUGCCAAAGAUCCCGACUUUGACCUCUCAAGGCCGCCUCCCCCCAAAGGCGCUCAGGGGGGCCAAUCCCCCUCGGCGACCCCCUGGCCAGGGGGGUAGCUUACCAUCUCCGACUCAAAGCAGCGAUUCCCAUGACGAUAAUGGGGGCGCCUUUCCCCUGCCAACGCGAUACAAACCAUCGUACGCUCAGGCGCGCACCGCAUCCAGAUUCUCCGAGUUUUCCGUCUUUGCGAGUCAAAAGGACAAGAAAAAAGCGAAUCAGGUCCAGCGAAUUGCCGAAAGUGAAGAGGGCCUGCGUAAAUUCCUAGACGAAUUUCCUAAAGACACUAGGUUUCUUGCUAAGCUUCCGCAGAUUGAAAAGUACAAACAGAAACUUAACACUCCCAACGAAUUGCUCAAUUCCGGGGAGGCCAAAUGGGUUUACGAGGUUGCAAGGGCCGUGGAGCGUCGCAGGGUGGUUAUCGAGAGCAAAGCGUUUGAAGAGCAGGCCAAAGCUCAGACUGGAGGCAUUAGCACGAAACGGAAACGCAAGGAUACUUCAUCUUCACCUUCUAGCUAUGGCACACCAAUCCGUGCUUCAACAGGCGGAAAAACAAUCCCUGGCCACGUGGUCGAAGAAAGCGACGAGGACUCUGACGAUUCUGACGAAGAACAAGGUGGCCGUCCUCGCAAGAAAGGGCAAAAGACUAUUUCAGGUUGUGAUGGCUCGAGCAUAUCUGCGUUCAACGUCCGGGAAGCACUGGCUGAAACGAGUGAGAGUGAGGCCGAAGACUGCUCGACCGAAUAUGAUGAGAGCGACGAGAGCGAUGAGGAAAGCGGCGACGUUAUCGGCGAUGCGAACGCAGUCUUGGAAUUGGGAUCAGUGGCAGUGGCAGAGGGAGAAGUAGAAGCAGAGGCAGAGGCAGAAGCAGAAGACGAUCUCCAAUCGUUAUCGCAUCUUUCAACCUACAUCUUGAUACAAGAAGACCUCGUCAUCAUGGCAGACGACGACAGGAGAAUAUACGAACCAAGACUGGAUGCCUUUGAACUCUAUCACAAAUACGAUUACCCAGAACGCCCAAAACAUGAGAAAGACUGGAAAACCGCAGCGCUGCAAGGGCCGGCCCUCCCAGCCCUGGGCCAUGCGGUCGCCGGUGCCGCCGGAUCCGCAGUGUCGAAUGUCGCGACCUAUCCGCUGAGGCUGAUUGUGACUCGAUUGCAGAUGCAACGGCUUGCUGCGCGGACACAAAGCUCAAAGUCCAGCUCGAAGCGAGAGUCAUAUGCAGGCAUGCUCGACGCAGCACAAAAGAUAUACACCAAGGAUGGCGGCAUCAAAGGCUUCUUCACUGGUGUUGGCGACGACACAUGGAAAACAAUCGCUGAUUCGUUCCUAUUCUUCCUUGCCUAUACCGCACUGCGUGAGCGGAGGCUCAGCUCCAACCUAGGUGCAGGUGGGAAGAAGCGUUCUGUACUCCCUGUUCUGGAUGAGCUGGCCAUUGGGGUGAUCGCCGGGGCAUUUUCAAAAUUCUGGACCACGCCCCUCGCCAACAUUGUGACUCGGAAACAGGCCGCCGCGAUAUUGAGUGAUAAUGCUUCGGAUGAAAUCUCUACUAAGAAAGUAGCAGCCCAGAUCUCGGCUGAAAGGGGUAUCUCAGGCUUUUGGGCCGGGUAUUCGGCAUCUCUGUUUUUGACACUGAACCCAUCCAUCACCUUCUUCUUAAACGAGUUCCUGAAAUACCUCGUUCUCCCACGUCAAAAACGACGGAAUCCACCAGCUGUAGUGACAUUUUUGCUUGCAGCUAUUAGCAAGGCAGUUGCAUCUACUGUCACGUACCCAGUCUCACUAGCCAAAACACGACUACAAGCAAACCCUUCCUCCGGAGAGAAAACCAAGAGCUCAUCCCCGGCUCAAGCCUUCAGGCUCGAAAUAUUCCAGGCACUCCACUCUAUCGCAGUUGAAGAAGGCGCCAGUGCUUUGUACGAUGGAAUCAUCGGCGAAGUUAUCAAGGGCUUCCUCUCUCACGGCAUCACAAUGCUGACAAAAGAUGCCGUGCAUUCUUCUAUCGUCAAGUCAUACUACGCUGUUUUGAUUCUACUUGACAAAUACCCAACACCAGAAGAGCUGAUGGUUAUGGCUCGCGAACAGGCCGAGGCGUACGCAGAGGUCGCCCGUGAAGGGGCAAAAGAUUUAGCAGAGACGGUCAAGGAGAGGGUACCAUCCGUGACUACUGCCAAUAUGUCAGUUGAUAUGACAUCGAAUGCUCCAGAGUACCCUCCAUUUGAGGAAACAAAUGAGUUGGCAGAAAUCGUUGGUGAUUACGUUGAGGACGAUGCUACAGAAUGGCGCAGUCUUUACCAUUGGUUCUGGAAUCGAUUCAAUGCUCAUCUAAAUUUUUUGCACAUAACCCUCACUCAAUCUAUCACCUCGCCUCACAGACGAUCCAGUCCAGAUGUCUCACCGGCCUCGCUGCAACGUGAUCCAACGACAUUGAACCCUCGCCGGCUGACACUCACCAUGGCCCGCUCAAAGCGAAGAAAAAUUGGUUUCGAGCCCACUCAAGCAUACACGGUGGAUCGCUUGAAAAAAGCCCUGCGACUUUAUCAGCGCUCAAAAUGUCACAUCAAAAGACGAGGUCUACCACACUCAUAUCUCGGGAGCUACCUGAGGUCAUCCUACUACGACCUACGAAUUCGACAAUCCAACUUGGAGCCGAUUGACAUUGACUGUGACGACGACAGCGAUGGGAAUUAUAGCCCCAAAAGCCGAAAGAAACGCAAGCGCAACAAAGCAAAACCAGCGGAACUGCCGUUGCCGGAGCAAGUCCAGCCGCAGAAGCUGGUUAUUAUCUUUCAUUUCAAAUCAAUAACGGCAAAGAUGUUUCUACACAAGUUGGCGCACAGCGCCGUUUUCAGCGAUCUCAUUGAAGAUUCCAAUGAUAUUGAGGAAGAGAAAAAGGUCACACAAGUCCAGAAAAAGCCCCCGGCCUCUGUUCGGAGCAUACGAACAGCCUACUGUCAUCCGCUCGAUUGCGAACUUGGCAAUAACAAUGGAGAGCCGUGUGAAUUCUGCCGCAAUUUUACAUUUGGCAUGUUUGGCCUCGGGCUGAAGGAGGUAACAGUCGCCGAUUAUGGAAGAGGAUACGGCCUGGAGGAGGUUGAAGGAGGGCAUCAAAGUGCUGGUCAUGAACGCACGCGGAUCUGUCACAACUGCUGUCUUGAUAGACAGUACAUCACAAACUGUCCUGGACACAAAUUGUCUUCUUUGCCUGGGCUCGAUCCGUUCACGUUUGACUUUGGAAAGGCAUUUCGGAGCUUGGAGGAAAAAAAAGGAGGCUAUAAGCAGGUCAACCAGUGGUGUUCCCUCUGCCUAAAUCCGGCCUUUUUUCGGUGCUCAACGGAGCUGUUUAUCGACAAAUUUGCCAGGGAUAUUGAAGACCCUUCAAGCCCAGAGGCGUCUGGCUGUGGUAUUUUGCUAUGCGAUAGCUGCAAGGUCUUGAUGGAGAGGCAUGGAAAUGAUCUGGCUAGGGUAGUCUCGUCUAUCCCUGCCUCGGAGGGAGUGCGAGCAGACGUUGACUUUUUGCUCCCUGGCAGCAGUUUGCACCGGUAUUUUUGCGAGUAUUUCACUGUUUAUCGUGGUGCGCCUGAUGGAUCGAUCUCUGAGACCGUGACUUCUCUCACUGAUCGACCACUCGUCAACGACGAGGUGUACGUUCGUGUCACACACUCUGGUGUUUGUGGGUCAGAUCUUCAUUUUCUUCCCUUUGGGAUUGCUUUAGGCCACGAAGGUGUAGGCGUUGUUGAUAAACUCGGGCCAAAUGUCAAGCGGCUUCAGAUUGGCGAUAGAGUUGGAUGGGGCUUUAUCACAGAUACCUGUGGGGGCUGCUCCGCAUGUCUCGCUGGAAAACUCUUCCUAUGCGAGUCAAGUCAGGCCUAUGGACCGAUGGGCGACGCCAAUUCAGGCAGUUUCUCAACAGGUGCUAUUCGACGCGAGUCGUUUUUGUUCCAAAUUCCUGAUAUGAUUUCUUCAGAGGAUGCUGCGCCGUUGAUGUGUGGAGGCGCCACUGUCUGGGCACCAUUGUUUCUUCACGAUGUGAAACCAAACGAGACUGUUGGAAUCGUAGGAAUCGGAGGCGUUGGUCAUCUAGCCAUCCAGUUUGCGCGAGCAAUGGGCUGCACCGUCGUUGCCUUCAGUCAGACAGAGUCCAAGAAACAGCAAUCCCUCGAACUCGGUGCCAGCAGGUUCUUGGCCACGAAAGGGAAAAACGCAGAGGAGUUGCUGAAUACUCUUCAGCAAAAAGGUCCAGAUAACAAAUCAGGACGUGAUUUUAGACUCCACCAUCUCAUCGUAACAACCUCGGAAAUGCCAGACUGGGAUGUGUUUUUCCCCUUGAUUCGGAAUGGCGCAACCAUCUUCCCGAUGACUGCAACCGACCUUGAGAAAAAACUGGACAUUCCCCAUUUGCAGUUUUUGCUCAGGGGAAUAAAAAUUAUCUCGGCUUUGCCAGAUAGAAAGAGUUACCCUGACAUGCUAGAUUUUGCAGCAAGCCACGGUAUCCGUCCGAUCAUCGAGGUGGCGCCGAUGAGUGUGGAAGGCGUUACGAAGAGUAUUCAGCGGUUGAAGGGCGGAUUAGUGCGUUAUCGCGGAGUCCUUCGUUGUUGA